CUGGUGCAGUUGCUGCACAGUAGGGGGCGGCAAUCUACGUAUCCUGUUUCCCGUUAACGUUAGCCCUUCAAACUGCAAUACCCAGCCUUGACAUUGCGAAGAUGGACGCAGUUAUGGUGUAGACCAGGAAACAUAGAAAGCACAAACUGCGAGUUUCAGAGCUCUGUUAUGACAACAUUUCCAGUUGGUCCAGAACCGUUUCCUGGUUGUGAUUUUCCGGCUUGUAAUCGACCCGAGGUUUAAGAUACAAAUGGUUGGUGGAGGCAGGAGGUGUGACUAGAGUGAAGUAGACAUCAGCAGCAUGUACUCCGAGUGGCGCUCGCUGCAGUUGGUGGUGCAGAGUGACCAGGGCCACCUCAGUGUUCUGCACACCUAUCCUGCCAAUGUGGGCAUGGAGGUGGCAAAUGCUGUGGUCAGGCCGCUGGGCACAGCUGUAAGCCCUGUCGCUACAGAGAACAUCCUCAAGACAGACAAGGAGGUGAAGUGGACCAUGGAGGUGCUGUGCUACGGACUCACCCUCCCCCUUGAGGGCGACACUGUCAAGCUGUGUGUGGAUGUGUACACAGACUGGAUGAUGGCCCUCGUGUCGCCCAGGGACUCGAUGCCUCAGCCUGUGGUGAAGGAGCCUAAUAUGUACGUCCAGACCAUCCUUAAACAUCUCUACAACGUCUUUGUACCAAGGCUUGACCAGCACAGUCUGAAUCACAUCAGGCUUUGCCAGCAGGUUCUGACUGCAGUCCAGAAGUUGGCACGAGAGUCCGUUUCCAUGGUGAGGGAAACCUGGGAGGUGCUUCUGCUCUUCCUGCUUCGUAUCAACGACACAUUACUUGCUCCGCCUACGGUUGGAGUUGGGGUGGCGGAGAAACUGGCAGAGAAAUUGAUGGCAGUGCUGUUUGAGGUGUGGCUACUGGCAUGCGCCCGCUGUUUUCCCACACCACCAUAUUGGAAGACAGCAAGGGAGAUGCUGGCCAACUGGAGACACCACCCUCCUGUUGUAGAGCAGUGGAGCAGAGUGGCCUCCGCCCUGACCUCCAGGCUUUUGCGCUUUACCCACGGACCAUCCUUCCCACCUUUUAAAGUUCCUGAUGAAGAUGCCAACCUGAUUCCUUUAGAGAUGGACAAUGACUGUGUGGCACAGACGUGGUACCGCUUUCUCCACAUGCUUAGCAACCCAGUCGACCUGAGCAAUCCUGCGAUAGUGAGCACCACUCCAAAGUUUCAGGAACAGUUUCUCAACUCCAGCGGUAUUCCUCAUGAAGUGGUGCUGCAUCCCUGUUUGAAGCAGCUACCCCAGAUCUUCUUCAGGGCCAUGAGGGGCAUCAGCUGCCUAGUGGAUGCCUUCUUGGGUGUCUCUGUUGAAAAGAGAGAUGUACGGGAGAGGGUGUUCUCUUUUUGUCCAGUGCUGCUCUCUCAUGGUAUAUCACGUCCUAGAGCUGACAGUGCCCCGCCAACCCCAGUCAACAGAAUGAGCAUGUCCCCGCCGCCCUCUAUCACAAACACCACGCCCCCUCACAGUCGCAAGCAGCGGCAUACAGUGGCCACCAAAACCGCAAGCAAGAGUUCAACUGGCAGUGGUAGUCAACCAACCAAAGCAUCCCAGCAGCAGCAGCAGCAGCAGCAGCAAACUUCGUCGUCCCCCACCCUGCUUUCCAGCCCCAACCAGAGCAGUUGGGAGUCUCGGCCCCUUCCGGCCCCAGCACGGCCAAAGGUCAACAGCAUCCUCAACCUGUUUGGCCAGUGGCUUUUUGAUGCUGCACUGGUCCACUGUAAGCUCCACAGCGGCCUCAGCCGAGACCCCAGCAUGACUGCGAUAGCCACUCAAGUAGGUCUGGAGCUGAGAAGGAAGGGUUCCCAAAUGUCCACCGACUCCAUGGUGUCCAACCCCAUGUUUGAUGCCAACGAGUUCCCAGAAAGCUACGAGGCAGGACGAGCUGAGGCCUGCGGGACUCUCUGUCGCAUCUUCUGUAGCAAGAAAACUGGAGAAGAGAUUCUGCCUGUUUACCUGUCCAGGUUCUACAUGGUUCUGAUUCAAGGUCUCCAGAUCUCCGAUUUCAUCUGUAGACCAGUUCUUGCUUCCAUCAUUCUCAACUCUUCCUCUCUCUUCUGUACUGACCUGAAAGGCAUCAAUGUGGUGGUGCCCUACUUCAUAGCUGCCCUGGAGACUAUUGUACCUGACAGAGAGCUGUCCAAAUUCAAGAUUUAUGUAAAUCCUACCGACCUGAGGAGAGCCUCCAUCAACAUCCUGCUUGCCAUGCUGCCAUUGCCACAUCACUUUGGCAACAUCAAAUCAGAGGUUCUGUUGGAAGGAAAGUUCAAUGAAGAGGAUGGGUGGCCUCAUGACCAACCCGUGUCUUUCCUGUCCCUGAGGCUACGUCUCGUCAAUGUCCUUAUUGGAGCACUGCAGACUGAGACUGACCCCACCAACACACAGCUCAUCCUGGGUGCAAUGCUAAAUAUUGUUCAAGACUCAGCACUGUUGGAGUCCAUAGGUGCACAGACUGAAACGGGGAGUAUAGAUGGGAACCACAUGACAGUGAGUAGUCAGAGUCACAGCCGUACCAACAGUGGGAUUAGUUUCACCAGUGGGGGCAGCACGGAGGCCACCAGCCCAGACUCUGAGCGUCCUUCCCAAGCCUUGCUUCGAGACUACGCUCUUCCAGAUACGGCGGCAGGCCUGCUGGUGCGCAGCAUCCAUCUGGUCACUCAGAGACUCAACUCACAGUGGAGACAAGAUAUGAGCAUUUCACUGGCUGCCCUGGAGCUGCUGGCUGGGCUUGCCAAGGUAAAGGUAAAGGUGGGAGUAGACUCUGCAGACCGUAAGCGUGCUGUUAGCUCUAUAUGUGGGUACAUUGUGUACCAGUGUAGCCGUCCAGCUCCUCUUCAAUCCCGAGACCUCCACUCCAUGAUUGUUGCUGCCUUCCAGUUUCUCUGUGUGUGGCUCACAGAACACCCUGACAUGCUGGAUGAGAAGGAUUGUUUGGUAGAGGUGUUGGAGAUUGUGGAGCUAGGAAUCUCUGGCAGCAAGUCCCGACAGGAACAGGAAGUGCGACAUAAAGGGGAGAAGGAGCACAACCCAGCUUCAAUGAGGGUGAAGGACGCUGCUGAGGCAACUUUGUCCUGUAUCAUGCAGGUGUUGGGGGCCUUCCCUUCACCCAGCGGGCCUGCCUCCACCUGCAGCCUGCUGAAUGAAGACACCCUGAUUCGCUAUGCCAGGCUCAGUGCCACAGGAGCCAGCAACUUCCGCUAUUUUGUCCUGGACAACUCGGUCAUCCUUGCCAUGCUGGAACAACCUCUCGGCAAUGAGCAGAACCCCAGUCCAUCAGUGACGGUCUUGAUCCGAGGGACAGCUGGCAGACAUGCCUGGACCAUGCAGCUCUUUCACCAACCCAGAGGAGCUCGGGCCAGUCAGAGGCAGGUGUUUGUUCCCGAGGGCCGCCCAACGCCCAACAACUCUGUGGGGAUAAAGUACAAUGUGAAGCAGAGACCUUUCCCUGAAGAGGUGGAUAAGAUUCCUCUUGUCAAAGCUGAUGUCAGUAUUCCUGACCUGGACGACAUUGUCAGUAAAGAGGUGUGUUGUAUGGGCUGGCAGGAUGAUUCGAGAACUGCAAAUACACUGAGUUAUUACCCACACCUGGAAGUUCAGCAUGACAAGCUUCGUAUUCUGAUGACCAAGCAGAUAGAGUAUGAGAAUGCCUUGGAGCGGCACAGCGAGGAAAUCUGGAUGUCCAGGUGUUUCCCUGACCCACAGACAGACUGCAAACCCCCUCCGCCCUCACAAGAGUUCCAGACAGCACGGCUCUUCCUCUCCCACUUUGGCUUUCUGUCUCUGGAGGCGCUCAAGGAGCCCAACAACAGUCGUCUACCUCCUCAUCUAAUUGGCCUGGAGUCAUCCUUGCCAGGGUUUUUUGAUGACAUUAGCUACCUGGACCUGCUUCCCUGCCGACCAUUUGACACUGUCUUUAUUUUCUACGUGAGGGCUGGACAGAAAAGCAGCCCUGAGAUCCUGAGGAAUGUGGAGUCAUCGUCUAGUGUCCAGCCCCACUUUUUGGAGUUCCUGCUGUCCUUGGGCUGGCCUGUGGAUGUAGGACACCACCCAGGAUGGACAGGACACCUAGAUACCAGCUGGUCCCUCAACUCCUGCUCUGACAGCAAUGAUCCACAACCAGCAGAGGAAGCAGCUACUCCUGAGGACACGGGGGGUUCAGUGUUCAACGGGGAGAAGAAAGUCUUGUACUACGCAGAUGCUCUGACAGAGAUUGCCUUUGUUGUUCCAUCUUUAACAGAAAAUUCUGAGGAGUCAUCAGUUCACAGUGACUCCACAGUGGAGGCAGACACCAACACAGACCUCAUGCCUGGUUUACUAAAACAACCCAAUCUCACACUGGAGCUGUUCCCCAACCAUUCUGAAAAUCUGGAGUCUGCCAAAAAGCUGAGUCCUUUGGUCAAGACAAAGAGGUCAUCGACUGGAAAGUCUUUCCCACCACUGGGUCCUGAGACGAAGGUGUUUGUGGUCUGGGUGGAGCGCUUUGACGAUAUCGAGAACUUCCCGUUGUCUGAUCUCUUGGCGGAAACCAGCACGGGCUUGGAAGCUAGCAUGAGCAACAGCACUUCCUGCAGGUCAGGGUUACUAGAGAAGGAUGUUCCUCUGAUCUUCAUCCACCCUCUGAAGACGGGACUCUUCAGGAUCCGGCUACAUGGAGCUGUGGGUAAAUUUGGCAUGGUGAUUCCCCUGGUGGACGGCAUGGUGGUCAGCCGCAGAGCACUAGGGUUUCUUGUACGCCAAACGGUCAUCAACGUGUGCCGACGGAAGCGUCUGGAAAGUGACUUGUACAACCCACCUCAUGUGAGGCGGAAGCAAAAAAUAACUGAGAUUGUCCAGCGUUACCGCAACAAGCAACUGGAGCCUGAGUUUUACACCUCGCUGUUCCACGAGGUGGGAGAGGGAAAGCCUCACCUCUAACCCCCCUGUUCUGUCCUAACACUGGCUCACAGGCGCGCACAAACACACACUUUUAUCCUGUACUCAUACACCAUUUACAACUUCGCGUGCAUACACACACACACACACACACACACACACACACACACACACACACACACACACACACACACACACACAGAAUCUUUAUAUUUAUACUGUACUGUUUUGUUAUUUAUAUGAAUACAUAUAUCAACACUGUCUGCCUUUGACUCUGAGAGCAAAGUGUCAAAAACCAUGCCAAGGUGGAAAAAGCUACAUUUCUGUGUUGCAGUCACACAUUGAAGAUUUGGCGGAAGUUCAACAGUGACUGUCUCUCCUCAUUUAGGUUAUAGGUUUGUGCUUUGUGGCAAAAAUGUUUUUGCUUGUCAUUAACUGCAAUACAAUAGUUACACUGUUGGCCUUUCUGAAAUUGUGAAAAGUUUGUCAUUUAAACCUUGUGAUAAGAUUGAAUUCUAUGAUGGUUUGGUAAUACAGAGUUGUGUCCAAAAUCCCGAACUACAUAUCUGUUUUUGUUUUAAUCAAACAGAUUUAUGGUUGGAUUUUUGCCAAGGAAAUAAACGUGUCAUAAAAGUAUUUUAUAAUAUCCAUCGCUGCUGCUUCAAGGCAGGUGGCUUCAAGAGAACAAAGAAGUGAUUGACUGCAUUAACCCAUAAUCUAAUUUUACAACAAAUUUUCAUCUACCUGAAAAUACCUGCUAAAGUCUUCCUUGUGCGAACACAUAUUCGGCCAUUGCAGCAGCUGACUUUUUUCCAGAUGAUUUAUAGGACUCCUAUAUUGUUUUACUGUAUGUGGAUGUCAUUUUUGACACCUGUCUCUGUGCGCGCGCGUGUGUGUGUGUGUGUGUGUGUGUGUGUGGGGCCACGUGUAUGCUUGUUCAGACAGUUAAAUCGUUACACUGCAGGGAGUCAUUGUGACCCCUAAAAACCCCACCCCAUGAAUGGCAUUUAAAGCUGAAUUGUCACUUUAAACAAACACGAAUCUCAAGAUAGUAGUUUUGAAACGUUUAGUUUCCUCCUUCAAGGCGUACCCUAGAAGUGGUUUACUCUUAAUGCUUGGCAACAUUUGAGUUUACUGAUAAUGAGAGUAGUUCCAGAGCUCCUGGAGUUUGCACUUGAUGUUUGCAGGGCUAAUAUGAAAUGACCACCAAGACAUUUUAGGUUUGAAGUCUCAAUACCAAACAGAACUACAGCACAGUGAAGUGUCUUGCUCCUCCAAACAAAUCUAUAGUGUUUGAUUCAACAGCCAAAACUCUCAAUGUAGCUGACAGCAUUAUAUACAGCUUGCAUUUUGGCUGAUCAAAGCUGUAAUUUUUUAUUCUUAACAAAGAAAGAGAAUAUGUGCAGGUUUACCUUCACAGGUUUUAGUAACUUUCUUUUUUGCUUUACAAUUUGUUUCACUUUUGUUUACUCACUGUACUUUGGUUUUGAUUCAAGCCUUUUCACUGUCUGCCUGUAACAAUGUGAAUUUAUUUAUCACAGAGAUGGAACAGGGCAAACACCUCUAGUUUCUUUGUUAUAUUGGAAAGUCUUAAUGCACUGAGCACAUUUUAUGUUUAUUUUCUAUUCCCUUUGGUUACCUUACAUGUCUUUUUGUACUUUUGUGCAUUUUGGAAGAAAACCCUGCUGAAGGAAUAGUUUUAUCUUGUGAAAUAUGAAUGAAGGUGUUGUGGAGUUUUUAACCUAUCAUGUCUAAUUGUGUGACUCACUGUGCUGUAUGCACAUGCCUUUUUUGGAAGGAAAAAGUACAUUAAAUAUGCUUCAAAGACACUACAUACAAUCAGUCAUACAUUGUAUCCUAUGUUACUCAUCUGAUUGAUCAUAUUUAAGGAUUUGCCAUGUACAGAAGUGGAGGAUAAUAUGUAAAUAUAUGAUAGUGUAAGGCAUUUACAAGUUGUCUGUUGCAUUCCUCAUCUGAAAUAGGGAGAAAAGUUAUGUAUGUAUGCAAUUAUGUGUGGGAGGAUUACAAUGGGUAUUGGAAUGUAACAUGCACCAAUUAAAACUAUUAUUGACAUUUUAAA